AAACUCGCGUUUCAUGUAUCGAACGCACACAAACGGACAUUCCUUUAAAUUCAACUUCUCUUUCAAAAGCCUCAUACGAGGCUGUCAAAGAAGACAGCAUACCCACGUUCUGAUUCCUCUAUCCUUCAUGUGAUAGUAUUUCGUUUGACAGUCGGUUAUUUUGCUUUCGUAUAAGCAAGAAAUAGUGAAAGUUAUUGAUUCAUAUUGUGAACUACGUUUCAGUGAUAUUUCGUGCUUCUUUUUCCGCGGGGAAUAAUUGUAGGAAGUUAGUAAAAAAAAGAUAGACAAAAUGAAAGUGGGACUGUUGAAAACUUUUUUACAUUAUUUCAACCUGCAACAGGGUACAGUGUUGAUAGCUGUAUUUCAAUUGUUUACAUCCGGGUUUAGUAUGAUAUUUUUCGUGCUAGCAUUAGCACAUGCGAUGGGAAUUCAAGAAAUGGUGGUAAGAGAUACAGAAGACGCUCUUGAAAGGGAAGCCUUAGAAGAUAUAUCGUCUAAUCACUUAAAUACCAGAAAAAUGGAUAUGGCACAUCAUAAUGCAACUGAAACAGUUUAUUCGAUGUACUGUGGAUUAGUGAUCACAGUGAUACAUUUUAUUUCCACUAUUCUACUUUUGUAUGGUGCGCUCACGAAUAAUCGUCAUUUUAUGACACCCUGGAUGAUGAUCAUGAUGACAAUAAUAUCAGCUUUGACAAUUUCUUUGUUCUUGGUACAACAAGAUUGUCCGUUUAUUGCUACCCUCGGUGGCAAAGCUGAUAUUUGCGAACGUAUAAUUGUUCUCUUUCUCGUAAUCACUAGUUCUUACGUAUGGUUCGUCGUCUACAGUAGUUACAAAAGUCUCGAGACGAAGAAGGGAUUAACUCAUGUUCUUCACGAUGUGAAGAAAAAUCCCGUAGUUCCAGUCGUGCAAAAAUCGAAAGCCAUUCAGGCAGACGCGAACAAACCGUUCGAAGUUUAAAGAUACUAUACUGGUAGCGAUAGAAAAUCGGAUUUAUAAUGAUUGUGAAAGAGUGCAAUCGAUGACGAAGAGCUCUUGUUAUCGAAAGAUAUUCUUAAAAUGACAGUGUUUUUUAAACAAAUUUUAAAAUCAGACGACAAGGCCUAUGAUUUAAAUCUUGUCAUCUAAAGUUUUAUAACUUAGUCAAAUAUGAAUGUGUUUCAUUUUUGAUGAAAAAAGAGAAAUUAAAAGGUUGAAAUAGUGAACAAGAACACGUGACAAACUUAUGUUAGAAAAAAACACUGUGCAUAUUACUUCUAUACAUAACAUGACAAAGACAAUUCAUUUUACAGAAGCUCAAAAGAAGUUUGCAGUACAAAAAGCUUGCUUUCGUAUUAUUAUUAUACAUGUUACUUAUUGUUCGUACGUUAUUAAUUGUUAACAAAUUCGCGUUGUUUUUUAGCGAUAUCUUAAACAAUGCACAGAAAAUAAUUACAAUUAUUCUUUAAAAAACAUGUAAAUCUAAACUGCAUAUCGAAAUGCGGCGACGCAUAUAUCGUAAUAUAAAUAUAUAUAUUUUUUAUUUUUAUCAUUGUUAUAACAAAACGUAAAAUUCUUUUAAUUAUCAACGAGAUACUAGAUCGAAAAGCUUAAAUUUACGCAACAUGCAUUCUCUUUCUGUAAGACUGAAUUAUAAUUACUAAUGUUGCGUAAGUUUUUUUAUCAAGUUCCGCACAAUAUUCGAAAAGGAUAGAAAAUGAAAUAGAUCGCUUGCAACUGAUCAUAUUAUUUAUAUUUUAUAAACAAAUACAAUGUUUCGU